AUGCCGCCACCUCAGAUCAAGCAGGACCUAAAUCGCUCUGGCUGGGAAACCACCGACUUUCCCUCCAGUUGCGAGAACUGCCUCCCAGACAACCCUUAUGUCCAAAUGCUAAAGGAAGAACAUGGCGCCGAAUGUAAGAUCUGCACCAGACCAUUCACCGUUUUCCGCUGGAAGGCCGACCGAACCGCUCGAACCAGACGAACCAAUAUCUGUCUGACUUGUGCUCGUCUGAAGAAUUGCUGUCAGUGCUGCAUGCUCGACCUGUCGUUCGGGCUGCCCAUCACUGUUCGAGACGCCGCUUUGAAAAUGGUCGCACCAGGUCCCCAGUCCACCAUUAACCGCGAGUACUAUGCACAGGAACACGAGAAAGAACUCGAGGAAGGUCGUGGCGCAGUCGAAGCAUACGAGAAGACUGAUGAGAAGGCCCGCGAUCUAUUGAGAAGGCUGGCAAAUAGUGAACCAUACUACAAGAAGCAGCGACGCUUAGAGGCAGAAAACCCUGCUACUUCGAACGAACAGAAGCAGAUUACAACUGGACCAGGCCCAGUACGCACAUCAGAUUCGAGAAGAGGCAGCAGCAACCAGCGUGGUUCCCGUUCAGGCCCUGGUGGUCCCAGAUCCGUGGCCGGGGCUGCAAGGCCUCCGCAGCCAGAAGAUUAUCUGCCUCCAGUUGAUCCCAACAUAACGUCUCUCUUCGUUACAGGCGUUGAAGAUGAUUUACCCGAGCAUGCCCUUCGCACGUUUUUCACUCCCUUUGGCCAGAUCCGAUCUCUGGUCUGUUCCCACCGAGCACACUGUGCAUUUGUCAACUAUGCCACAAGAGAAGGAGCUGAAGCUGCUGCUGCGCAGUGUCAAGGGAAAGCUGUCGUCCAAGGAUGCCCUUUGCGGAUCAGAUGGGGCAAGCCUAAACCGCUUGACAACACGGAUCGCGAGCAGCGUUUGGAGUGGGCUAGAGAAGGUAGACAAACAGCUGCCGCUAUCAAAAACGCCCAAGGUGGGCGGGCCUCUAUUCAAUCAGGCGGUGCUGGCCAGAUUGAGGGAGCUGGAGAAGAAGAAAGCUCCGAUGUAGUUGUCGCACCUCCGCCGGGACAAGGAGAGGUGACCUAUGCCAGUCUUGCAGGUGACUAA